GUCCCCUGUCCAAUGUCUCCACAAUUCAACAACCUCCCCAACUCCAAAUCUAACAUCGUAAGUUUAAGCACUUUUCUAACAAGCACCCUUUUAAAAACUUAGUUUUUCAUACCAUUUUUCUGCUGUCACGUACUUCAUUGAAAAUUUCUGACUCCGUCCUUGUUUGCUUGUUCAACUAUGCCAUGGAGUUUCAUGGCGAAAGAAAUCUAUGGAGCUUCAUGGACGAAGAGCGAAAGAGCAUCAAGUUACCUCGGAGACUUUCUUUUGGUGAUGGUGACCAGCAACAAAGUUCAUCAGAACCCGAAAACAUUCGUUCGGCUUCUGCAGCAAGACCGGACAUAGCUGCGUCCGAACCAACAAUACCUCCGAGGCCUAUGAGCCCUGGGACACCGUGGACACUCUCCCCGGUGCGCACCUCUCCCUCCCAAUCCCUUCUUUACCACUGCAUUGCCUCCCUUCACCGCCAUGAAGGCAACAUUUUCUCGAUCACAUUGUCAAGAGAUUUUAUAUUCACUAGCUCGGAGAGUAGCCGGAUUCAUGUUUGGAAGCAACCAGAUUGCACUGAAAUCGGUUGCAUAAAGGCUACUUCAGGUCAAAUUCGAGCUAUCUUGGCCUCCGGGAAAAUCUUAUUCACCGCACACGGCGACUGCAAAAUUCGCAUAUGGAAUGCGUCGAAUGCGGAGAAUUUUCGACCGAAGAAGAUCACAACGCUUCCUCAAAGAGGCCGGUUUUCGCUGUUUUCAAAAAAGAGCAGCCAGCAGCACAACGAUCGCAUCUCUUGCCUAGCUUACAACAAGGAAGACAAGCUCUUGUACACAGGCUCAUGGGACAAAACAGUCAAGGCAUGGAAGAUCAACGAAAGGCGCUGCGUGGAUUCGUUUGUAGCUCACGAAGGCCACGUAAAUGGAAUCGCGAUCAACCAAGAAGACGGCUGCGUGUUCACUUGCUCCUCGGACGGCUCAGUCAAGAUUUGGAGAAGGGUGUUCGGUGAAAGUUCUCACAUCCUAACCAUGACUCUCAAGUUCCAACUUUCGCCGGUGAACGCCUUGGCGUUGAGCUUGUCAUCCACGACCACCCUCCUCUACUCCGGCUCGUCAGAUGGGCUAAUAAACUUUUGGGAAAAGGAGAAGAUGUCCGGGAGGUACAACCACGGAGGGUUUCUGCAAGGUCAUCAUUUUGCCGUCCUUUGCUUGGUAGCGUUAGGAGACCUAGUUUUCAGUGGCUCCGAGGACUCAACGAUUAGGGUUUGGAGAAGAGAGGAAGGGAACUGCUUCCACUCAUGUCUCUCCGUGAUAGAAGGGCAUCACGGACCGGUGAGAUGCUUGGCAGUGGCUUUGGAGACGGAGAAUUUGGUAAGGGUGAAAGGUUUGUUGGUUUACAGUGCAAGUUUGGAUCAAACUUUUAAGGUUUGGAGGGUUAAAGUUUUUCCUGCUGAGAAGGUAAACUUGGUGGAUGAAACUGCUGCUGCCAAAGACCCACAGAGAGAGAUUGUGGAGUGUGAGACAAGCCCUGUGUUGUCACCUUCAUGGGUGGAGAAAAAGCUUCAAGGCAACUAUUUUCAGUAGGAGCAAAUAAGCUAGGACAUGUAAGCUUUGAUCUUGCUUAAUUAGCAACCUCCAUUUUUUCCCAAAAAUUUAGAAAACUGUCUUUUGAAUGAUUUGGAACGGGAAAUGAUUUCUGCACUC